GAGAAAUAAAAGUGGGAAGUGAUGAACAAUAGAGCUGGCUGUUUCCGGGAGGCGCCAGCAUUCCCGAGCAACUUUGGUGCUCUUGUUAUGCAUACCGAUAGUCAGCCAAGCACACAGCCCAUUGUUGCCGCACACAGCCCCUCCAGUUCACAGCAGCAGCUGGUUUUGUGUCAUACGAGAGAGUUUUAGGCGAGAUCCGCGAAGAGGGAGAAUCAAACUGCCGGCGUCCUGUUGUCAAUUGAUUUGCAUACGGACUUCCGCCCCCUGAAUUUAGUUUCUGCAUCUACUAGCAAAGGCAGAGUGGGCAGACCUGAGCCCUCAUGUCAGGCGCAGUCAUGCGGACUUGACAUUUAAACUCGGUUAAUAUUUGGACAUGAACGGCACACGCGUGUAUUUUGGAUGGUCCCGAUGGAUUUGGAUUAAACGGCACACUGGGAUCUGACACUUUCGUUCUCAGAGGCGUUUAAUAUGCUGGAAAUCUGCCGGGUCUUGUGGAUGUACCGAGACUAUUUGCUGUUACUUCCAGUGUAGAACUGGAAUAUUUGCAUUGGACUCACUGGGGUAUUUUCUAACAGAAAAAAUGCGUGUUUUCAGCUCCUCUCAAACAGGGGAUUCCUCGUCAGUUUGCACUUGUCUGUUUGGAUCCUAAAGUAGGAUACAGCCAGAUCCUCCAACCCAGUCCAGGAUCUGAUGUCUGUAUGCUCUGAUGUCUAUUUCAAUGUGUCAUAUUAGAAGAGUUGACCAUCUCUUUUGGAUGGAGUUUUACCUCGCGAUCUUCUUUUGACGUCUUGGACAGCGUGGAUGCAUUUUAGGUCGUUUUUUAGCUUGGAUUACUUCUUUUUUGGCUACGUUUUUACAGCUUGGAUCUUCUCGGGUAUUUAAACUCGGUGCUUUCUGUCUAACUACUGUUCAAAUCACACGUUUCAUUCUUGUGAUUCGUUUUGACGAUCCACUGGGUGAAAAUACUGUGUGAUCUCUUGUUGAUUUAUUUAUUGUUCGUUUGAAAGCUUUUGCACACCAUGACUUUCUUGUCCGGGGCAGCGGUUCUGUUGCUGCGUGGACUCGUCAUCUCUGCGGUAUUGGGCUUAGAGAGUUCAUACACGAGUCAGUUGUCGAACCGAGUCACUCCUGAUCCAGCAGCAGCAGCAGCAGCUGUUGCUCCUACAGACCCGUGUUUGACAGUCAUCCCUCCAUGUGUGAAUGAAGCCGACCGUUUCAGUUUGGAGGCGCUUCGGCACAUUCACAAGCAGCUAGAUGACGACAACGAUGGAGGAAUUGAAGUGAAUGAGAGUGUAGAGUUUAUCAUAGAGGACAUGAAGCAGCACCAGACUAAUAAACACAGUAAUCUUCACCGAGAGGACCAGCACAUCACGGUAGAAGAGCUGUGGAAGGGCUGGAAAAUAUCAGAAGUGCACAACUGGACACUUGAGGAUGCAGUUCAGUGGCUGAAAGAGUCAGUGGAGCUUCCUCAGUAUGAAAAAAACUUUAGAGAUUUUAAAGUGGACGGCAACACGCUACCUCGAAUAGCGGCCAAUGAACCGUCGUUUAUGUCAAUGCAGCUAAAGAUAUUAGACCAACGACAUAAACAGAAAUUAAAUCUAAAAGCGUUGGACGCCGUGCUCUUUGGACCCCCACUACGUCCACACCAUCACUGGCUGAAGGACUUUGUUUUGAUGAUUUCAAUCAUCAUUGGUGUGGGAGGCUGCUGGUUUGCGUACAUACAGAACAAGUCAUCUAAAAUUCACAUCUCCCAGAUGAUGAAAGAUCUGGAGAGUCUACAGCAUGCUGAACAAAGCCUGUUAGACCUACAGAGCCGGCUGGAAAAGGCUCAGGAGGAGAACCGAACAGUGGCGGUGGAGAAGCAGAACCUGGAGCAGAAGAUGCGUGACGAGAUCAAUGGAGCAAAAAGAGAAGCCAGCAGACUGCGAGAGCUGCGAGAGGGGGCUGAAUGUGAACUCAGCAGACUCAAGUACGCAGAGGAGGAACUAGUGCAGGUGCGAAUGGCACUGAAGAGAGCAGAGAAGGAGAUGCAGUCAGAUUGGUCGGUGCCAGAAGCCCUGCAGAUGUGGCUUCAGCUCACACAUGAGGUUGAAGUGCAGUACUACAACAUUAAAAAACAGCAUGCCGAGCUGCAGCUCACGGUUGCAAAGGACGAGGCAGAAAAGAUCAAGAAGAAGAGGAACUCCGUGUUUGGUACUCUACAUGUUGCACACAGCUCAUCGCUGGAUGAAGUAGACCACAAAAUACUUGAGGCUAAAAAAGCUCUAUCAGAGGUCACAGCCUGUUUGCGUGAACGUCUCCACCGCUGGCAGCAAAUAGAAAAGUUAUGUGGCUUUCCAGUGGUUCAUAACUCUGGGCUGCCCAGCCUCACCGCCUCACUGUACGCUGACCACAGCUGGGUGGUCAUGCCGCGGAUGUCGGUGCCACCCUACCCAAUUGCUGGUGGGGUGGACGAUCUUGAUGAGGACACGCCACCAAUCAUUCCACAGUUUACCUCUCCUUUGAUUCGACCUCCUCUGACCCGCAACAGCAGUGUCUGUCGUUCUCGCAGAAGUCUUCUGUCUCAACCUUCCCUUUCGCCUGACCCUGACCUGUUGUCCAUGGCCUCGGCAUCACUGGCCUACAGACCCGAGGCAGAUGAUGAUCACAUCUUCUUCACUGUAGAAAGAAAAGGGGAUCCUCAGGACACAUGUUCAGAUUCAGAUUCUCUCAGUUCCUCUUUGGGCAGGAAGCAGUUCUCCGGUCCCUCAGUUCAAAGUACAGGUGUUACAGGCACGGAUACCCCACCACGUAAAAUCUCCCGUGAGGAACUUCUUCUCCUGGCACAAGAGGCCCAGGCUGUCGCCAUGGAGUCCUUACCUUCUUCCACAUCCUCCCCUUCAUCUCCUCUUGACUCCUCCUCAGUUCACAAGGGCUCUCCUGACCUUACCCGCUCAUCCGUCCUCCCAGAAUCUCAAAGUUUAACCUUUCACCCUGGCACCAAAGCUGUGGCCUAUAAUGGCAUAUUGGAAAAGUCAUACAGCAUGGGGCAGCUGCCCGCUGGUGGGACGCCUCCAGAGGGAAAUUACCCCUCGAUUAGCUCACUCGACAUAGAAAGCAAAGCUAUCAAGGAGCCCAAGCAACUCCAAACCACCUCCUCCCAGGACUCUUGCGAUAACGGAGAGAAAAAACGCUCCAAGAUCAAGAGCUUGUUCAAGAAAAGCAAAAAGCUGUGAGGAACAGUAGAGAAGAGAAUGAAAUGGAGAGAAAAAGAAGCCUUAAAACAAAAUAAAUGAGGGUGAUGCUGUCAACCAGAAGCCAAAACAUUUUUCAGUUUCUUUGUCCUUUUUUUAUUUAAAUGGAAUGUUGCUUCAUCUGGGUGCAGUCCUGGGUUGGAAGCCUUUUAUGCAGAUUUUUUUUAGCCUCACACAUAUGCCUUUGAAGGCCAGAAAAUGUCAUGUUAGCAUUUUGGAGAACAUGGUCUUCUGUUAAGUCCAUUUUCUAUAAUGCACACUCUAAUGAUGUCACCAGGAAGAGAUCAGGAAAUAAACCAAAUCAGAAUAAAAAGAAUAGUGCAACAUUAUCUAAAUCUCCAAGUUCUAAAAUAAUAAUAUUAAUAAUAAAAUAAAAUAAACAAACUUCCUGGAAAUAUGUCUUAAAAGGAGGGUUCAUCCACAAGUGAAAAUUCUGUCAUUAUUUACUUUUUCUUAUGCCAUACCUAACCUGUAUGCUUUAGUUUUUUUAUGUGAGACACAAAAUCAUUUUUUGAAGAACUGUUACACAGUUCUUGCCAUAUAACAAAGGUUCACAGUGACCAAGGGCUGUUAAACUCUGAAAAGAAAAAAAGCCAAAAAGCAGCAUAAUAAUAGUUCAUACAACUCGUGUGCUAUAUUCCAAGUAUUCUGUCCAUCUGCACUUUGAUUUUACAGUUGGCCUAUGUAAAAAUGCUUAAGAUGAACAUUUUUGACUGUUGCACCACGUCUCACUGUUUUUUUUUUGUGUGUUACAUUGGCCAUAUAAACAUUGCAGAUAAAUUUAGUUGUCAUUUCACCUUUUAGCGCUUUACCUGGUUCUAUACACAUACAGUUCAGUAAUUUAUAUGUGUGACAACUGCAUUCUACAACUGAAUUGACUAUUGAAAAUGCAGGUAGUGACAACCAGAUGUACAGAAAGUCUACUAGUUCUGUGCUAGUUGUUAAUGACCAGUUUGGAGUAGACAUCAGAGUUACGUCACUUGCAGCUGUGCGCGCAUUGUGGUGGCAGAAACACAUUGUUAACAAGUAGAGGGAAAUGGGUAAAAUCCUUUGGAUGUCAAAAUCAGAAUGCAAAUGAUUUUUAUAGAAUAUUGUCUUCAAAGAUGCCAUUUGAAGCUAAACGCAGAUGGUAAAGACUAUGGAUGAAACUGCUAUGAUUACUUUUAAAGCAUAAAUUUGAUUUAAACAAUAGGUUUAUAUAAUAUUCACAUAUGCAGUUCAUUGGGUCAUAUUGUAUUAGCUCUACAGUUAUCGCAUGAAAUACUAUUUAAACAUAUACCAUUUUAAAUUACAUUUACCUAUUUUAUCUCACAAUUCUUUUUCAAGUUCAAUUAAAGUUUAUCACAGUUCAAGUUUAUAUCUCCUAGUUUGGACUGUAUAACUCAAAUUAACACAACAAUAGCCGAGGGGAAAAGAGAAAAUAACAGCAAGUUAUUUUUCCUUAUCAUAAUUGUGAGAUUUAAUCUUGGAAUUCAAAAAUAAAGUCAGAAUUUAGAAAUAUAAACUCAAAUUUACUUUUUUAUUCUUUUAUUCCAUAGACUGCUACUUGAAAAUGGUCAUUUUCUGCCACCAGAUAUGCUCUACCCAUAAAAAAACAUCAUCACUGUUUCCAAACAUGGAAUUGGUCUAUUUAAACUUGUAUCAAAGUUGUGUCUUUUCUGUAUUCGCGGUGCAGUUAAUCACAGGGUAUGUUUUUUUAAGUGUUGCUAGAUCUUGAAAAAAAAAGAACAAGCCCAUAAUACCAUAAUAAACUUAAAUCAAAACUCGUUAUCUUGGAAAUAACCCACAUACGAGAAUAUAGUGACUUGCACCCGCCUCUUUUAUUAACUCCAUAAACUGGAUAGCUUUAUGAGCAGAGCCCAAACAACAAGGCCAAAGAGGGUUGAUAAGCUUAUAAUACAUGGACCUGGCAACACUUCAAGAGCACCCUCUGAAAAGCAGACUUUCACAAAACUGUAAUUUAGGGGAUUCACUUUGGUAUUUAAAUGCAGUUACCACUCCUGAACGUUUACAGUGUGUAUGUGGCCAAUCGCAAAAUCAAACCAUAAGGCAUCAUACACUCUUAAAAAUAAAGGUGCUUUAAAAUGUUCUUCACAGCGAUGCCAUAGAAGAACCAUUUUUUGUUUCACAAAGAACCAUUCAGUCAAAGGUUCUUUAAAGAACCAUCUCUUUCUUACCUUUUUUAAUCUAAAGAACCUUCUUUUGCCACAAAGAACCUUUUGUGAAACAGAAAGGUUCUUCAGAUGUUAAAGGUUCUUUACGGAACCAUCUACACAAAAAAGGUUCUUCUGUGGCAUUGUGAAGCACCUUUAUUUUUAAGAGUGUAUUUUGUCGUUGUAUGACUACUUGCUGACCAAAUAAACAAUAAUAAUAAUAAAAAAUUCGAAAAAAAAAAAAAAACACAUGAAGAAAGCAAGUUUGCUUUUCUUGUAGAUUACUGUAAUUCUAUUAGGUUGUUUUCAUUGUGGCAGGCAAUAGUAUCUUAAAUGCAUUUUAAGAUUCUGAAUUUUAUUCCGUUUGGUUUCUCCCUAUAAAGAUGUUUAAAAUAUGUUUGGAAGAGUUAAGUAUACAUGUCACACAUUGAUUAUUGUUUAGUGAUUCAUUAAGUACUCAUAUCCAUCCCCAAGUCAUGAUUUACUAAUAAUCUUGCCCUUUUCCAAACCUCCAGUCUGUCCUGAGUUACAGUUAUUCCAUGCAUAUGGUUUUUGUUUUUUUAUUUUUUAAAUAUCAAAAUGUAUCUUUUUUUCCCUGGACUUCUCUAAUUCUCUCAUUUAGUGUGCUCUUAAACCCUACUGCUCCACAGUCAGCUGCAAGUCCACAUUCGAAUCUGCCUUUUUAAAGAGAAAGUUUACCCAGAAAUGAAAUUUCUGUCAUUAAUUAUUCACCCUCAUGUCGCUCCAAACCUGUAAGACCUUUGUUCAUCUUCGAAACACAAAUCAAGAUAUUUUUGAAAUCCGAGAGCUUUCUGACUCUCCAUAGACAGCAAGGGUACUACCACAUUCAAGGCCCAGAAAGUUAGUAAGCACAUCAUUAAAAUAGCCCAUGUGACAUCAGUGGUUCAAACGUAAUUUUAUGAAGCUACGUGAAUAUUUUUUGUGCGCAAAGAAAACAAAAAUGAACGACUAUAUUCAAUGAUUUCUUCUCUCAUGGAACAGUCCUUCGCCAUUAUCGAGAGUACCAUAACGCAUAUGUGUGAUGCUGAUGAUGUAGAACACGCAUGCAGUGAGCCUUGUUUACAAGCAGAAGAUACUCUGAAUAAUGGCGGUAUUCUAUUGAAAGUAAAAUUUUACAGUUUAAAAUUAGUUGAACCACUGAUGUCACAUGGACUAUUUUAAUGAUGUCCUCCUUACUAUAGUUCUGUAACUUGACUGUGGUAGUACCCUUGCUGUCUGUGGAGGGUCAGAAAGCUCUCGGAUUUCAUUAAAAAUAUCUUAAUUUGUUUUCUGAAGCUGAAAGAAUGUCUUAUGGGUUUGGAACGACAUGAGGGUGAGUCAUAAUUACAGAAUUUUCACUUUUGGGUGAGCUAUCCCUUUAAGUGCAGUGUCCAGAUCUCAAAAUCCAGUCAUCAACUGAUGGUCAGAACCAUUUCUUUACAGAUAUACACAUCACAGUACUGCAGGAAACUGCCGGUCACUAUUUCCAUUUCAUUACAGCUGUAAAAAUGGCAUGCUGUUUUCUGUUACUACACAGCUGAGAUCCAGUGCUGUUUUGACAACAGUGAUGUUGAUGUUCCAUUUUUGAAUCUGCAUCUGGACUCAGACUAGACAAUAGCUUGGUUAGAAGUGAAGAUUAUAAGUGGAAAAAAAAAAGAAUUUACGAUUCAAUCUGGUUUCCACAUAAAGCUAUCAUAUGGCUUCAGAAGACUUGGAAUAUAACAUCAUAUGGACCACUUUCAUGGUCCUUUAUAGUGUUUUUUUUUUUUUUUUUGGUCCUUUUUGGUGCUUAACAGCACAUGGUUAACAUGAACUGUGGUUGUAUGGCAAGACCUAUAUAACAGUUCUUUAGAAAAAAAUUGUACUUUGGUGAUCCACAGAAAAAUGAUUAGCAUUCAGGUGUGGAAUGACCUGAGGGUGAGUAAACAAUGACAAAAUUUUCAUAUUCAUUUUUUGUUUAUUUCACAUUUGAAGUCACAAGAGUUUGAACAGCAGCUGUUUGUUGUUGUUUGAGAUAUCUCUACCUUUGACAUCAUCACAAGCUUAGUUUUUAAUAUUUAGUUAGUAAGGUUGAGGUUUCCCUAUAGUGUGAAAAUCAUUUAAAAAAUCCUUUCCCUUCCUCUUGAGGGCCCAGGGUAAAAUCUGGGCUUUUAGUUUUGUCACUUCUGUUUACUGCCACAGAGCUCCUGUACUUGACAAUAUUUUUUUUUUAAGGAAAAAAAAAAAAAAAAAAAAAAAAGAGUAACACUUAACAUAAAGCAGCAUGUCAGAACGCCUACAUAGUGGACUAAUGAAGCAAUGGUUCAGUAAAUGAAUACAGAUUACACGUUUCAGUCUUAAAAUGUGCUACAUACUUCUGUAAGCACUAUAUUUCAAUUAACAUCACACUUUUUUAAGUAAUAGAAUGAUGCCAGCAUAUUGUUUUGGUGCAUUUGUUUAAAAAACAACUACAAAAACACGCUUACGCACACACACACACACAAUCAAAAAAACAAAACCUAAACUGUACAAAAUUCACAGCGGAUCUUGUAAAGUGUUUUGAAUAUAUGUUCAGGUGUGGCGUUUACAAGGCGUCUUGACUAACUGCUGUGUGGAAAGCGCUACUGAAUUAUCCUGCUAAAGGUUGUUGCACUACUGCUUUCCGUACCAGGAAAGAGUCGCUUUUGGCGGCAUAAGAGUAAGUUAUGUUAGUUAGAUCAAGGAGAAUAUUUGUAAAGAUGCGUUAAAAAGCAUAAAAUUGACAUCAGAGACAGAAGAAAAUAAACAAAAAUAACAAUUUGAUGGAUUUAAAACACGUCUUACCACAAUUAUUCUCUGAAAUAUUUUUAUUUUUUUCAUCAUGAACAUGUUUAUUAGACAUUAUUAAAUUGUAGUAAUGUGAUUUCUUUUGGGUAGUUGAGGAAAGAAUUUUUUUUUUUUUUUUUUUUUUCUGAGGAGAAAUGUAUAUGAUAUGCAGAUUUUGACCCAAAAUCCCUCUUUCUUGGACUGAGUGCCCUGUUUCAAGGGCGUUACCAUCACUGUGAUCAUUAUACCUCUCUCCACUCAUACAAAUCAUCAACAAUAGGGCACUAAACUGAUUCUGUUUUGGCAAAAAUGAUUGCAACUUUUUUGAAUUGCAAGA